CUCGCAGGCCCUGACGUCGGCUCGUCCAUACAAUUGCAACCAACCCUUCACGUUCACAUUACCUCGACAUCCAAUUGAAGCCAACGCCGCCGCCUUUUCUCUAUUUUCGUUGCGCGGCGAUGUCCGUCACGCUUCACACCACCCACGGCGACCUCAAGAUCGAGGUCUUCUGCGAGGCCGUCCCCAAGGCCGCCGAGAACUUCCUCGCGCUCUGCGCCGCCAACUACUACGACAACUGCCUCUUCCACAGGAACAUCAAAGGGUUCAUGGUCCAGACCGGCGACCCUGGUGGCACGGGCAAGGGCGGCCAGAGCAUCUGGGGCGCCCCCUUCCCCGACGAAAUCCGUAGCACGCUAAAGUUCAACGCGCGCGGCGUCGUCGCGAUGGCCAACGCAGGCCCCGACACGAACAAGUCGCAGUUCUUCAUCACCUACGCCAAGCAGCCUCACCUCGACGGCAAAUACACCAUCUUCGGCAAAGUCAUCGACGGCGCCGCCGACUCGGCCCUGGACGCGAUCGAGCGCGUCCCCGUGAACGCGAAGAACAGGCCGCUGAACGAGAUCAAGCUCACCCACGUCACCGUCCACGCCAACCCGAUCGCCGACGCCCAACUGCGCUCAUGAGUCCGUCGUCGCCAGGGGUUUUCCGGGGAGAAAAAAAAAAGGGGGGGGGGGGGGGGACAAAACGCGGGCAAGUCGAUGAGCAGACAAGAAAGGGAGCCAAAGCGUCGCCGUGCUUGCUGCUGCUGCUGCUGCUGCUGCGUUGUGCCUUCCUUCGCGCGAGGAAACACACCAUUCUCUCGAUCCGCGUCCUUCAAAGCCCCCGAUGAGCGGCCCCCCCGCCCAAAGUCUCGCAAGUCCAUCGACGCCGAUCCGAUCGGUCUAAACGUGCGCGGAGGGCCGCUGAAGUUAUGUACAUGCUCGAAUACUUAUGUCGUGUUUUCGUUUCGUGUACGUAUAUCCAGGGGGGGGGGCGAUCCGAUGCGAUCGUGUGUAUCU